GGCGGGCUUACGCUGCGACGCACAGUGGGGUCGCUCGAUAGUAAACUCAAUUGUGUGUGCGCAUUAUCAUCGUCUCUGCCCCAGUCCCUCCAGCAUCACUCUCUCUUCCAAUCUCUCUCUCUCUCACUCUGUCUCUCUCUUUCUCUCCCUCCAUCCACAGACAUCUCUAUUCUUCUGCAUACCACCUCCAGCCUUCAUCACGACCUUCAUGCUCUGUUUGAAUGGUGUCAGAUUGUGUUUUUGUGCUGUGGCUGCGCGUCCUGACGGUGUGGAGGAAAACGGAUACCUGUGCUGCAUUGACAUCACCGCAGAGAGUACAGGGUGAUCGCACGUCCAUACAUUUGGGUGUAUGCAGUCUGUGACGACUAACAUGGCGAAAACAAUCACAACAUCCAACGCUGUUACGGGUGAAAAAAUGACACCACCAUCCAUCGCUCUACUUCCUGAAAAGAAAUCUCCGACUAAUGGUCACAGCUCUCCAGCUCGGAAACUCACUCCGUCUAACACAGAGAAAAAGCCACACAUUAAUGGACAUGCAUCCCCUUCACACAUCAACAACAACCAUGCAGGUAAACAAAUUGUGGAGGGUUAUAUGAAGACGGACGACAGGAUGCGAUUAGCCAAAGAGAGACGGGAGGAGAGGGAGAGAAGCCUGGCGGCCAGGGAGCAGCUGAUCAGGGAGAAGGACCGCAGAGCCCGGCUGCAGUAUGAGCGUACAGUGGAAGAGCGCUGGAGGCGUCUGGAGGAGCAGAGGCAGAAAGAGGAGCAACGCAGAACUGCAGUGGAGGAGAAGAGGAGGCAGCAGCUCGAGGAGGAUAGGGAGCGGCUGGAGGCCCUGAUGAAACGCUCUCUGGAGCGAAGCCUUCAGCUGGAGCAGAGGACCAAACGCUGGAGCAGAGGCUGCCAUCCAGGAGCAGGUGACAGUGAGAAUGCCCCACUCCCUUUCUCUGCUGCCUCCGCCUUUUCCCAUGGCAUUGCCUCCCCCCUUCCUGCUGUCAGCGAAUCUGCGCCCUGCAGCCCUCACAGGUCACCUUUCUGCAGCUCACUGAAUCCUGCAGAUCACAACAGAGCUGGGCUUCAGGGAGGCUCUCAGUCCACUCCCAACACCCCAAAGAAAGAACGGCUCCGCAGAGAAAGAAGAACCGCAUCCCCAGGAUGUGGAUCACCUGUGAGAAGAUCUGAAUCUCCUGCUAGUGUCACUAAAUACUUGGGUUCCCCCACUACCUCCAGGCUGGCAUCUAGAAUGCGUGCCCAGUCUCCAAGCAACGCACAUCUGUACCAUUGCUCUCCUACAAGACAGCGUGCAAACUUGUCACCGGACGGCAGAAGAACAGAAGAUAAAAAGGUGGAAAAACACAGUGAACUAUCCAAAGCUGAGUCUGCAGUAAAGAAAAAUACAUCCAUGAAUGGAUCGAGUCCAUCUCCUCAAGCUGAGAAGAAUGUAGUCAACGCUGAUGUCAGAUCACCUAAAGCUGAAACCUUUGAUAAAAGACUCAAAGCAGACACAUUUGAGAAAAGUAGAUCCCCAGACAGAAGAGACAACAUGUCUCCCAAAGUGGAUCCAUCAGAAAAGAAGACCCAAAGCAGCACUCAGGAUGGAGACAAGAAAAAAGAAUCAACAACAUGCACAACCACAGGGAAGAUGGCAGCCGGCACAACAAACGCAGAGGAGGCCACCAGGCUGCUGGCAGAGCGCAGGCGCCUGGCCCGAGCUCAGAAAGAACUGGAGGAGAAAAAACGUGAACAAGAGGAAGAAGAAAGACUCAGGGAAGAGCAGCUGAGAAAGCAACUUACUCAGGAGAAGUGCAUGCAGGAGGCAAAGGCUCAACAAGUCAAGGAAAAGGAGAAAACAGAAGAAAGUCCUCAAGGAGUUCAACAAAAAGAAGAGAAUCAUAAAAAGGAGGAGCAGGAGGAGAAGCCAGAGACUCAAACUGACAAAGAGAAAGAAAAAACAAAAGUCCAGGCCCAUGAGGAGGCCGAGCGUCAACGGCAAGACAGAGAAAUGAUAACACAACAAGAAGAGGAGGAGAGGCAACUAAGAAAAAAGAGAAUUGAGGAGAUAAUGAAGAGAACAAGGAAGGCUGAAGCUGACUUGAAGGUACUGUAAGAGACACCUUUGUUCUCGUACAGUAAUCCUGCUGCCUUUGAACAUCCGUUGAUUGUUUGAUCGAGACCUUUUUGUUCUGCUUUAAUUUAUUCAAAGUUUGAUUUUCUGUUGUUAUCUUUAUUAAAUUCUAUUGUUGGUCACA